UGGAUUAUAAAGGAUCUCAACUUGCAACUAUGAAUUUUUGCAAAAAUAUGAAUUACAAGGAAUCGCAGGAUGCAAAUUUGAACUUAAAGGUAUAUAAUUCUACAACUGUAAAUAACAAAGUACCUAAAAGGCCGACUCAUUCGUGCAGAAAUCACGGGCGUGUACCAUGCGAAAAAUAAACCUAAUCGAAGCUGCAUUUACACUGUAAUCUGCGUGUCGACUUGGAAGAGAGGUAGCAAUCAUCAAAGCGAACAUAUUUUUUUCCUACCAGCCAGCUUAACGAACCAACGUUAUAGUUUUUGCUAUUUCAAGAUUUCUGCCAUCAAGAAUGGCUACUUACAUACGUGGCUAAUUAUCGUGGUCGGGAAUCGAUACGAUAGAAUUACACAGAACUUGGAAAAAUCAAUUUUCUAAUUGCCGUUCGUGUAAAAUCUCGGUCAGCCACGAUUUCACCGUUAAAAGGAUAAUCAGCUAGAGGAAAAGUUCAGCUGGCGAUAGUUUCAAAGGUAUAUCUCGAGGUCCUUCGAAGGAUAUCGUUCGCAAAGCCGAGUUACGUAAACUAUCGUGUUCCAUAUGUUUUGAACGUGUAAUUUCUCGUCACGUUUCGACACUGUUGCUGUCCCGAGUCCGGUCAUUAGCGAGAAGGAACCUGCUCUAAGCACAGCCAUUAAACGAGAUACGUCAGUUAGAAUCGUGAUGCCUAACGGGUCGGCUCGAAGAAAGUGUCAUCGUACGCGUUUUGACACCUUAAUUGCAUCUGUGCAACUGCAAUAGUGAAUAGAUCAAAGUGGAGCAUCGGUGAAAUCCUAAAUCUUCAAUGAAAUUAUUCAACGCGAAACCAGAGCAGUCCGAUCAAUCCUGAAGCGAUCGUUUUUAUAAAAAUAUAAAUAUUAUAUCUCGAGCACUUGACCUAACAUCGCGGAAAAUCAAGAAUAGAGAAGGAGAGAAAUGAUGAAAGAAGAGGAUAAAAGAGCGGACACUUUGGUCUUUCUAGCGGGCCUACGGAGAAAAAGAAAGCCACUCCGAAGACGAACGAACGAGGAGAAAAAAGCUGCGAGUCGUCGCGAGUCGUCAGGGAGAGGGGAAGAUAUUGUCCGCCUGAGGCGGCUGUGGAGGGGGAUGAAGUUUGAGAAGGAGAAGGGCUAGAGGGGUCCAGACGUAUUAAUUAAACGACUCAUUUUCAUCGCACGACAAAAACGUGAGUUUAACGCCCAUCGCGGGCUAAUGCGUUGCCCCUCUGCAACAUGUAACGCGCGUCGAGGAUUCGGAGCAGCGAGGCUGGGUUCCGACCAGCGAGUUUCUACCUCGUCCGAACCGUCCAAUCGUGUCGAGGCUGGUGUACGCCUAGUGUCGCUGUUCCUACUGUACCGAGCCCGCCCAUCCCUGGUCGAUUUUAACCCCCUCCCUCUACCAAACCGUACGAUUGCCAGUGGUGGGGAUCAGAGGAGACUUGGAAAACCUCCCCACCACCAUCGAAGCGCGCCUCGUUUAGCCUGUAAUUUGCUCAAACACUAGCAAGCUCUCGUGCCAGGAACAUCCGUCAGAGCCGCGGAGAGCUCUGCCUGUUGGAGGUUAACACGGUCUGGUCUCGACUCGGUAUUUUCGGGGAACAGGCACGGCUAAUUUGCUGCCGCGGGCAAACUCGAUGGAGAGACGCGAUCGUGAGAUGCCAGUGCGCGUCGCGGAUCGACUCGGUUGAACGGUUAACCGACUGGUUUCGUGAUCCUCUUCAGUGGUGACAACCGGAUGGUACAGGGAUCAUCGUGGACUGGAUGAUCCCUAAAGUGACUACAGAGAAUUAACGAUGAUCAGCAGUGAUCGUGGUGUUUGAGACUGAACAAAAGUUGAGAGUGUUCCAUAGGUUACAAGAUCGAUUCCAUUGGACGAUGAACCUUGGUUCAUAGUAUUCGUCUAGACUAGUUGAAAGAAGACUGAUCGAAGUGAUCAUAAAUUCACAGGGACACUGUCCCAGGACUUUAGGAGUUUAUCAGUGUUAUCGAACAGUGAAUUCAAAGUGUUCGCGAGGAGUAAUCCGUGGUUCGAGCUUCGGCAGACAGACAUUCUUGAUCUGCUGAGAGAGCCGGAGCCGAGGUGGUUGCAGGGAUGCGGCGUACCUGAUUGCAGCAGCUCGCUCGGGGUUCGUACGUCUAGCAAAAGUGGGCUAACCAUCGGCCAAGCGUACGAUAAUCGUACGAUGAUGCCGCUCGCGCCGACGCCAAUUGUUCCGGUGCCCUCGAAGCCGAAGAUCGGCUUCAGCAUCGACUCGAUCGUUGGCGGUGGUGGACAGGGUCGGGAGGACCGUCUGGACCGACUCGAACGUGUGGAGAUCGAGAGGGACGAUGGAAGUCCGAUGGACGUUGUCGAAGGAUCAUCGUCGCCGCGUAGUCGUCGGGUCACCACGAGAUCCCCGGGUGCUCAUUCCGAGGGUUCCGACCGUCCAGUGUCUCGAAGUUCCUCCGUAGAAUCGUACCCCAACUCGCGGCGAACGCCGUCUCACCCAGGUAGCCAUCAUCAUCAUCACGGGAAUCAUCACGGCCAUCAUCAUCACUUGUCUACCGCGACGCACUUGGAUUUCAGUCGGACAGCGGUGCAUAGUCACAGCGGUGGUUCGACGCCCAACAACAGCCCUAGUCCUCCUCACAGGAUACCUCACGGAGACUCUCCCGUCGGUUCUCAUCCGCAACCACCGCCAGGAGUGGUCAGACCGAGUCCGAAUUACCUUGCACCGCCGCCCGGUGCAGCUACCGCGGCUGCAGUCGCGGCGGAACAGUUGAAAUCCUUAUACGGACUGCCGGGACACGGUCCGAGUGGGCCUCAAACUGGACAAAACGAAUAUCACACGCAGCAGUUAGCUUUGGCUGCGAAUUUAGCCGCGGCGCAGCAUUUCCAAGCGGCGAACCUUGCCGUGGCCCUUCAAGCACACCAUGGCGCGUCACCCCAUGGCCCACCGCACGCACCUUAUCCCCAUGGCGGCGCACCCGGUGCACCGCAUCCUCCGCCUCAUCCUCAUCAGCCACCCAGAGACAGCUACCCGCUCUAUCCCUGGCUACUCUCCAGGCACGGAAGGAUCUUUCCUCACAGAUUUCCCGGAGGUCCCGACAUACCAGGAUUCUUGUUACAACCAUUCAGGAAACCGAAAAGAAUAAGAACGGCGUUUAGUCCCAGCCAAUUGCUGAAGCUGGAGCACGCGUUCGAGAAAAAUCACUACGUGGUCGGCGCUGAAAGGAAGCAGCUGGCGCAGGCGCUAUCGUUGACGGAAACACAGGUGAAGGUCUGGUUUCAAAACCGACGAACGAAGCACAAACGGAUGCAACAAGAGGAGGAGGCGAAGGCGCAACAACAGUCUGGAGGUGGCGGAGGUGGUGGUGGUGGUGGUGGUGGUGGUGGCGGUGGCGGGGGUGGGGGCGGAGGCGGGAACGCGAACAACAAUUCGAACAACAAGAACACCCAUCACGUGAGCAAGUGGCAGCAGGAGACGGGCGACUAUCACCAGGAAGAGGACGAGGAAGAGGAGCACAUCGAUCCGGAGGCCGACGAGUGUUCCAGCGGUUCGGAGGCGUAGCUAGACGUUCUCUGCCUGGACUAAGGCGCCAGGAAUUCCGUCUGAUCGACGAGAAACGUCCUUGAGACUGGAUCGUUCGAAACGCAGCAGCCGACGGGCCGAAAUUCCGUCGAAUCUUGGCAGAGAACUUGGAAAUCUUGGGUUUAACAUGCUGCACGAUCGACAGUUCGAACUAGGAAUUGAUAAGAAUUGUCGAUUACUCUGUACCAGAGCCAGGAAUCGCGCGAUGCGGGCCGAACAUGGUUUGAGAAAAACCGCAUGGAAUUGCGUUCUUUGUUCAUUCUGGAUAUCCAAAGAUUGUGUACUGCGCGGAGCUUUCGAGGUUCGUUUAAACGAAGAAUUGUUUGGAGUAAACUGUACUGGAAUUGCUGGAACUUGGAGAAUAGUGUGAGAUUUGAGGAUCAGUAGAAAUUCUAUAGGAAUUGCGUGUGAAGGAGGAACAUUCUUAACGAUAGUAGUUGAAAAGAAGCCACUGGAAUUGUGUGAAAUUCCAUUCAUUCUAAAAUGAAAUGGAUCGUACAAAAUGAAACUAAGUGACAUCGAAGGGAAGAGGCUACAAAUCCCUCUGAAGAAGUCAGUCAAUGGAAUCGUCUUGAAAUUGCAUGUUUUAUUAAUCAUCAAAGAGGAUCGUCAUUCGGAAAGCUCCUAUUGAAAGAAAGAAAUUUAAUCUUUGACCAAUUCCUUUAAUUGGUCCAGUUCCAAAUCCUCGCGUCGAAACAAUCGAGAAAAGUCGACUCGAACCAAAGUUUUCGCAGGAUCUUCGAGACUGAGUUUCUUUGAUGGAAUUGCUCGAGCUUUCGGGCAACUCGGAAGCUCGGUAAUGGAUGCAUUGUUCUUCGAGGCUGUACCGAGCCAAAUGGACGGGUUUCCGGCGGAAACGGCGGCAUCAAGGAACUUAGAACUCCAUCCAACCAUUCUAUUUUUCCCUCGAUGGAAUUGCGAGCCUGUCCGCAGAGUAUCGGGGGUAAAACGGCAGGAACAUCCUGGAGGAAUGUUUCUCGAACGAGGGGGUUGAAUCGAGCCCCGGGUUUACACGAAAUCUUGCCAUAGUUCGUGUGAAUAAACACCGUGAAGAAUCGAUGAACUGUGAUCCACGGUGAAGUUAUCCUUCGUCUACCGUUGAAAGGACGAAAGGUGUCCUUGAAAUGGACACGUGUGUAAAUAGCUUUGGUCGUGCCAGAUCGAAAGACGAUUGAGAGAAAUGAAAACACUGAGAGAAAGAGAGAGAAAGCGUGUGUGUAUGAAUGAAUGAAAGAUAGAAGAAGAGGAAGGAGAUUGAGUGCCAAACUUCGUACCCUUUAGAAAGAAGAAACCCAGUGUAAACUUCGAAUUGUACUUUCGAUUGUAUUUAACGUCGUUGUACCACGAACGACCACCAGUAUUCCCUAUGUCGAAUCGAUGUCCGAGAUGUACUGAUGAAUUUUAAAUUAUUCUAUCGAUUACGUUAGUAAAAGGCGCCUCGAUGACGACGAUCGUUCCUCGAAGAAUCCUAUCUUUCGUCGCUAACCUCCUCGUGGAAAAUAACACGGUGUUCUUUAUGCUUCGUCGAGGAGAUUGGAGAUCAACGGAGAUCGACUUCGAACGAGGAGAAUUUUGAUCGAUUGAUUCUUGGCGAACGAUCGAUCCCGCGUACGCUCGAGGGAGUCGGUUUGUAAAUACGUUGUACAUAAAAGAAUUGUGAUUUUACUCGACGUGCAAACGCGUAAGGAUUGUACGAGCAUCCGGAAGAUUCAGUUCGUGUUCUAACGAUAUAGCGAAAUAAAUUAUAUCAUCUCUUCACGAUA